ACCCGGGCUGGUGAAAGGCCCCAGCCGCUCCUCUGGGAGGGUUGAGAUGCUGCACGACCUGCAGUGGGGGACGGUGUGUGAUGACGGAUGGGACUUGCGUGACGCUGAGGUGGUGUGCCGGCAGCUGGGCUGUGGGGCAGCUGUUGCCACCCCGGGCUCAGCUCGCUUUGGCUGGGGACAUGAUUCCAUCUGGCUGGAUGAUGUGAGCUGCACGGGGACCGAGUCGACGCUCUCUGAGUGUGGGGCCAGGCCGAGAGGAGUCCACAACUGCAACCAUGGCGAAGCCGCUGCUGUGGUGUGCUCAGGUAGCUGCUGUUUCUCUGCCCAGCCUAAAGAGCUGCUGAAUGACUCGAGCCGCUGCUCUGGGAGGGUGGAGGUGCUGCACAAUCAGCAGUGGGGGACGGUGUGUGACGACGGCUGGGACCUGCGCGAUGCCGACGUGGUGUGCCGGCAGCUGGGCUGCGCCCCGGGCUCGGCUCGCUUUGGCCGGGACCAUGAUUCCAUCUAGCUGGAUGAGGUGAACUGCACGGGGACCGAGUCGACGCUCUCUGAGUGCCGGCAGGCCAGGCCGAGAGGAGUCAACAGCUGCGACCACGGCGAAGCCGCUGGUGUGGUGUGCUCGGGUAACUGCGGUUCCUUUGCCAGGAGCACCCGGCUGGUGAACGGCUCGAGCCUCUGCUCUGGGAGAGUUGAGGUGCUGCACAACCAGCAGUGGGGGACAGUGUGUGACAACAGCUGGGACCUGCGUGAUGCCGACGUGGUGUGCCGGCAGCUGGGCUGCGGGUUGGCUGUGUUGGCUUCAAUGUCGACUCGGUUUUCGUCACCUUCUGGCCAUAUCUGUCGGAAUGACGUUGAGUGCACGGGGUCAGAAUCUUCCCCCUCUGAAUGCAAGUCCGGCCCUGCAGCCAUGAGAUCUCCGCGGCCUCUGCCGCUGUUCCCACUUCUUGUCUCGAUCCUCUCCUCAGUCCCGAUGUUGCUCUGUGGGGCUCUGCUCUACCGGAGGAGGAGGCGAAGGCAGACCAGGGAUUUUCAUUCCGUGGCAGGUUUUAUGCACGUGAGGGAGCUGGUUGGCUCCUACUCCUCCACCUCGACAUCUGGAGAAGAGCAGGUGGCAGCCAAG